UUUGGGUGGAUUCUGAUGUUAGUUCUUAGGAGGAAAAAAAAAGAAACGGGGUGCUGUGAUCUUUAUUCAAAAGCUGAUAGACUAACGUGGAUUUUUUAUUUGCAGACAUCACAGGAGGCAAAAGAAUCUGCGGAAAAGAACCACUUCUUUAAUGUGCCCACCUUCCUUACAGUUUCUGGCCAGCUCCACUUAGAAGCGAUGGCAGGGGCCUUUACCCAUGUGUUCACCUUUGGUCCCACAUUUCGAGCUGAGAACUCACAGAGUCGCCGGCACCUGGCAGAGUUUUACAUGGUGGAGGCCGAGCUGUCCUUUACUGAAAGCCUCCAAGACAUCAUGCAGGUUAUGGAACAUCUUUUCAAGACAGCAACAAGCACUGUGUUCUCCAAAUGCCCUCGUGAUGUUGAGCUUUUUCAUAAAUAUGUAGCUCCUGCACAGAAGGGCAGGUUGGAACAAAUGCUGAAGAACAAAUUUGUAACAAUUUCCUACAAUGAAGCAGUGGAAAUUUUGAAACAGGCUUCUCAAACUUUCACUUUUAAGCCAGAGUGGGGCUGUGACCUCCAAACAGAACAUGAGAAAUACCUGGUGAAGCACUGUGGUGAGGUUCCUGUAUUUGUGAUUAACUACCCCUACGACCUCAAACCUUUCUACAUGCGGGACAAUGAAGAUGGACCUCAACGUACAGUUGCAGCUGUUGAUCUCCUAGUACCAGAAAUAGGGGAGUUGUGUGGAGGCAGCUUGAGAGAGGAGCGACUGCCCUUCUUGGAAUCACGCUUACAGAGAUUAGGACUCACAGAUUCCUACCAAUGGUACCUAGACCUGCGAAAAUUUGGCUCUGUUCCUCAUGGAGGCUUCGGAAUGGGGUUUGAACGCUACCUGCAGUACAUCCUGGGUGUUGACAAUAUCAAGGAUGUUAUUCCUUUCCCCAGGUUUCCUCACUCCUGUCUGCUGUAGCUCAGCAGUGUGAAAAUGGCCCGUGUGACCACGUGUAUGUAAUAUUGGCAUAUGACUGAGUGCAUUUUAGAGGAAAGUUGAGAGAAAUUUUGUAUUGGGGAAGCUCUCAGUAAAUUGGAUAUACUGCCUUAUUGAAAAUAAUAUAUGUUCUCGUGAGAUAAUGGAAGCAUGCUUGCAGUUAAUUUGAUAGCAAUUCAUGUCUUUGGUGCAUUUUGGGAGCAUUAAUAAAUCCCACUUAACCAAAGAGUUAAGAUUCCCAUGAGCACAAACGAUGGCAGUCCUGAGUGAGUAUUGUUCAGAGGUAGUGGGGGUUUGAUGUGAAAUAUUAAUAAGGAGGUGUGACCUGAAAUGGACUGAGAGCCAGGUCUGUUGUGAGGCUUUAGUAGGCUUUAAUUAAAUGCCUGCGCAGUGCUUUGAAGGUUGAGGAUUGUAAAAUUGCAGAGGAUUGUCACUGCUGUGAUGCACUUGCUCUUACGAAAUGACAACUGUAUAAAGCGUGGUUCUCCCCACCCUGAGUUAAAAGCAAAUAUUGUUUACAUUGGAAAAAUCAGCCAAACCUAGCAAGGCGAAAUGUCAUCCUGGAACUGCUGGAGUGAAUUAGGUGAAUGAUGUUUGAUUUUGUGAAUCAUCAAUAAAGAUGUACACUGGGUUGUUUUGUAACUCUU